UUUUUUUUUUUUAUCCAGAUUUUUUAUUUUCAGACAAUGACGAUAGCUUAAUGUCAGGAUUUAUUUUUUCCUAUCUUACUUUUCUAACCUCUUCUUCUCUCUUGCUUUCCUCUCGUCGUCUACAUGUCACCUACGCCAAAGUUACGGAGAGUCCGUAUUGUCAUCAUCUUAGCAAGUUUACUUUGCGUUCUUAUAUUCGCUUCAGCACGGCGACAGAAUGUCCAACCUUUACGAUGGCAAGCUGAGAAUAUGGUGGUCGAACAGGAUACUGAACCGAUAUACAAGAUAUCCUCCGAUUGUCCUGCGGACCCUCUUGAGCAAAAGCCAAGGUCACCCAUUGUCUUGAGAACCAGUGAUGUGUCUGUUACCGAAACCCCUCCUGUCAAUGCUGCCAUUGUUUUCCUCAUUGAAUUCUUGGACCGCCCACUGGAGCAGAACCAUAAGGAAAUGAUGCGCUUCAAUCAGUCACUAUGGAGACUAUGGGACAACUUCAACAACGAUUACCGCUACCCUAUUCACAUUUUCCAUGAGCCUCCUUUUAAUAGCACUUUCCGUGAGCGUUAUCGAGCAAUGUGGCCAGAAGAAAUGAAUGUCACAUUCCAUCUUGUCGAGUUCUCGCUACCUUCAUCGUUCCCACAAAUCGAUAUCAAUGAUCCCGCUCAAAUUGAUAGCCUCAACAUGAACCCUACGGCACGUAGAGCAUUCCCGGGCUACAAUCAUAUGAUUCAUUUCUUCUUUGUGGAUAUCUUUAACCACCCGGCUAUCAGAGAUCUGGAUUAUUACUGGCGAUUGGACCACGAUAGUCGACUGGACAGUAAAAUCGACGUGGAUUUAUUUAGAUACAUGCGAUCUCGAGGAAUGGAUUACGGCUACCGAGCUGUGACUACAGAAGCAAGACAUGUAGCGCAUGGCAUGCUUGACUUUUUCAACGACUACAUGCAUAAUACCAGCCAUCAAGCAGUGAAUGGAAAAACGGUUUUAGACCAAUCUCAUGGCAACUGUCUCGCUAUACCACAAGACUAUCAAGCACGACAAGACAUGCAGCCUCUCAUGUACUACAAUAACUUUGAAAUCGUCAACGUCCAAACUUGGUUAUCCCCAGAGAUCCAAGCUUUCACCAAGGCCGUGGACGAGACCAAUAUGAUAUAUUGGAAUCGAUGGGGUGAUGCGCCACUUCGAUAUUACACGGUCAACAUGUUGCUAAAUGUGAAAGCCAAGGUGAUGGAAUGGUGUCACAUCGACUAUUUUCAUCACAAGCAGUAUACGCCUACCUGCUCUCUUGAAUUGUAGGCAUCGCAUAUCCUUUUAGAGUUUACCACCUAUACAUACAAAUGGAUCUUCAUCCGUACAUGCUUCUUUUGUAAAUAAAAUUAUAUCAAGCAGAAGGAUAAACGGC